GUCGGAAUGAAAGUUCAAAUGCCUAAUGGAACAAAAUGCUUGUAUAUCUUAAUUAAACUUAAUGAUAGUUCUUUUAAUACACAGUAUUUUCUUAUAGAUGGAAAUGGGAUUGAUACUGACGGAGCUUUUGAUGAUUAUAAUAGUGAGUCUUCUAUGUGUUGGGGGAAUAUGAUAGCUCAAAAUCCUAAUUUAUCUCCAGAAAUAACAAAUGAUCCAUGGGCU